UUUCUUUGAAUGAGUUAUAAAAAAAUUAUACUUCGAGACAUCAUGAAUAUACUAGAAGUCUUUGGUACGUCUUAAUUUUCACGGGUGACGUUGAUUCGUAUUUUAUUUGUUAAGCAAAACUGAAGCAUGAAUUUACAAAGGUUUGGUAUCAGACUUUUGAAUCCCUUCACGUUUUUGAGAAGGACUACGAGCUUUAAGUUCAAAAGGCAUCAUUCAGCACAAGCGAAGUUUCCUACCAUUGAUGGACGAGUUGAUGUAUCCUCAGAACUGUUGAAAACCAAAAAUGAGAAAGGACUAGAGUUACAAACUCAUUAUCAAAAACUUUUACAAACAACUUAUUCAGGUGGAGGCGAAAAUGCGCGCCAGAGACAUACUAUACGGAACAAAAAACUAUUAGCUAGAGACAGAAUUAGUAAAUUAUUAGAUAAGAACACAGAUUUUCUUGAACUUUCGCCUCUUGCUGGGCUGGAUUUAGAGUAUGGCACAGUAGCAAGUGCUGGACUUGUGACUGGUAUUGGUACUGUAUCUGGACAGCAGUGCAUGAUAGUAGCUAAUGAUGCUACUGUUAAGGGAGGGACUCUGUUUCCUAUCGGAGUCAAGAAGCAAUUGAGGGCACAGGAGAUUGCAGAGAAGAAUAGACUGCCUUUGGUUUUUCUUAUUGAUUCUGGUGGAGCAUUUUUACCACUUCAGGCUGAAAUUUUCCCAGAAACAGGAGGUAGAGUGUUUUACAACGAGGCUGUCAUGUCUGCUAAUGGGAUUCCUGUGAUUUGUAUUGUGUGUGGGUCCUGUACAGCGGGGGCUGCAUAUGUACCAACAAUGGCAGAAGAAGCAGUGAUCGUUGAUAAAAUUGGGACAAUAUUCCUGGGCGGUCCCCCAUUGGUCAAGGCUGCAACUGGAGAAAUUGUCUCAGCUGAGGAUCUUGGUGGUGCAAUGUUGCACUCUAGCAUAAGUGGCUGUACAGAUUAUUUUGCUGUGAAUGAAGAAGAAGCUAUUGACAAAUCGAAACAAAUUGUUUCUACUUUUAAUCAAAGUGGUUCAAGUCCUGCCAAAGGACCAAUUGAGCCACCAUUGUUUAAAACAGAUGAUCUGAUUGGUCUAUCAAUGUUUGAUGGCCAGGACUUACCAAUGUAUCAGGUAAUUGCCCGCAUUGUUGAUGGCAGUCGUUUGCAAGAAUUUAAGAAAGAAUUUGGUGUUCAGCUUAUUACUGGAUUUGCACACAUUGAAGGAUUUAUGGUCGGCAUUGUUGCAAAUAAUGGACCAAUGACAUCACAUGCAGCCCUAAAGGGAGCCCACUUUAUAGACCUGUGUUGUCAGAGAAGCAUCCCUAUUGUGUUUCUCCAAAACAUCAUCCAAGAAGGUCCAUCUUCAGAUGGGGCUAAAAUGGGUGAACUGAUAAAGGACCAGGCCAAAAUGAUGCAUGCUGUUGCUUGUGCUCAGGUGCCUAAGAUAACAGUUAUUGUCGGAGGUAGUUAUGGACCAGAAUCCUAUGCUAUGUGUGGGCGGUCAUUUGAUCCUAGCUUCCUGUAUACUUGGCCUUCAGCUAAGGUUGCCAUGGAUACAGUUGAUAAUCUUGUACUGAAGUACAAGUCUCAGUACGCUGAGUCAGCAGGAGAAGGUGACGAUGUGAACAAAGAGGCAAGAACAAAGUUCCAAUCCGAGUCUAAUGUCUAUUAUGGCUCGAGCAGACUCUGGGAUGAUGGAGUAAUCUUACCACAAGACACCAGAAAGUUUCUUGGUAUGAGUCUUCGAGCUUCAGCGUUUUCAUCUGCUGAGCAGCGACGAAUCUCUGGGAUAUACAGAAUGUAAAAGCUGUACUUGGUAUGUAAUAGCUAUUACGUCACUCGUGCGGCAACUUCGGAAUUGUCAAGUGGCCGCAUUAUAGAGGUUGGCCGCUUUGCAGAGAUUGACCACUUGAGAGAGGUGAUUGCUUUGUAAAGGCUGGACAAUUUAUAGAGGUUGGACGCUUAAUUGAUGGCCGCUUUAUAGAGGUUGGACGCUUUAUUGAUGGCCGCUUUAUAGAGGUUGGACGCUUUAUUGAUGGCCGCUUUAUAGAGGUUAUCUGUUUAAUUAAGCGGUCACUUUUUGUAUAUCCUUGUCAAUCUACCAUAGUUGAUGACCGAUGGGUCUUACAUCACCCGUUAACGAACAACCUCGACGGCAGAUUGUAUUCAACCCUGUGAAUAAAGUUAGGUCAUCGAAAAAUCCCUUCAGAUGUAAAUAACAAUGAAACAACCGCCAUGUUGGUUCAUCUGACAAAAGAAGCUAAUGAGGAAUGCUUUGUAUAGUCAAUCAACAUGGCGGCUAUGACGUAACUUGCACCCCAAGUAUAGCGAACCGAUCAGGCAGUGCAGCAGUGGUAUGCAAAGUAUUUGUUUUAAAGAGUACUACAACGAUUAAGUGGCAAUCUUUUUUUAUUUACACAGGACAGUAAACAAUUAACAAUAAAUUUUCUGUUAUCAGACUUUUAAAAUAUACCUUUUUUGCAAAUGCCGCUGUGUUCCUUGGUUACAGACUCAUUCACUCAGGGUUAGACUUAUGUCAGUGUCCUAAUAUUCACAAAUACCAACGAUAAAGUAAAUGCACAACUUCAACGAUACAAACACUUUGAAAUUCCGCGCACCAAAUCGAAAGCUAACCGUGUACGACUGAGAAUUCGAAACUGAGAAAUUCGAGUGUUUUAAAAACUAGCUUACUUUGUUAAAGCAACGGUAACUAACUGGGAGAGCCAGAACUAUAAAGAUUCCUUCCUAAUUGGUCUUUAAAAAAUAGAAAAAACUAAAUCAUUAAAACUUGAGAUUUGGGUGCAUGCAAUUACAAUGUUUUCUUUUUAAAAGGAAAUUUUUUUCAAUAACGAGCAAUAAUGGCAAAGAGCGCCAAAAACUAGACUUUGUAUGAGUUUU